UCUGUCUUUUCUCUCUUUUCACCUUACUUUUGCUUAUCCCCCCCACCUGACCAAAGAUUCCUCGCAUAUCUUUCUUUCUAUUCUCCAAAUCCUCAACAAUAUAAUACGGAGUAAUUCUUUCUAUAUUCCCCCUAAAAAAUCCUAUUAAUUAUUAUUACUAUAAUUAUUGAUUUUAUUCAUUCAUAUAAAAUAAGCUCUGCUGAUUGAAUAAUCAUUCCAGUCAAUUUCAUUCACAAUGGGUUGUGUGGGAUCAAAAGAAUACGAUUCAGAAGCAAUAGAUUUAUGCAGAAAAAGAUGCAAAUAUUUAGAUGAAGCAAUCCACCAACGUUAUAUUCUUUCUGAAGCUCAUUCUGCUUAUUUUCUUUCCUUGAAAUCAGUUGGCAAUUCUUUACAUAAUUUUUUCGCUGUUCACGCCGCAUCCCUCCCUCCUUCAUCACCUAAGAAACCACAUCAUCACGCUGGAGUUAAACAUUCACGUGCGAAUUCCACGUCAUCACAUAUCCAGUUUCACACUGAUUCUUCUUCUGAUGAUUCUGAUUCUGAUAAUGAAUCACUUCAUCUACAUUCUGAUCACGGCGAUAUUACACCACAUAUUCAUUAUAAUAAUAAUAAUGAUAAUAUUAAUCAGGUUGGUCCGUUUUUCCAACCUGAUUAUAUUUAUCCUCCCGCGGGAGGAUACGGAUACGGAUAUCCGCCCGUGGAAUAUAAUGGAUAUAGAAUCAAUUAUAUGCGAAAAGAAACGACGCCGUCUGUUGUGUACCAACAGAAAGCGAUAAAUUCGGAACCUAUAUAUCAUGGUGAGGCCUCCACGUCAUCGUUUUAUAUAAAUAAUAAUACUAAUAAUAAUAAUAGUAAGAAUAGUUAUAGUUAUUCUAGUGAUUAUGGUGAGUAUUUCGGUUCGGCUGUACAGGCGGAGGCGGAGGCGACGAAGAAGGACGCUCCUCCGCCUCCGCCUCCACCGCCGCAGCCGAGCUCGGGGUGGGGUUAUUUGAAUCCUUUUGAAAGUUAUGAGAGUUUUUAUCCUUCGAGUUUGGAUUUGAGAGAAGUUAGGGAGGAAGAAGGGAUUCCGGAUUUGGAGGAUGUCGAAUUUGAUCCAAAUGAACAUAAUGAGGAGGUACUAGAAGAAGUAGUUGUUAAACAAGUACAUGGAUAUGAGAAAUUUGUUGAUUUGAGUAAUAUGAAUAAUAAUGGUGAGUCUAGUUCGGGUAAUGCCAAGGAUGACGAAAAAACGGGUGAAGAUGAUACACCGAAUGUUGUGGGGAAUGUAGAAAAUAAUGAUUCAACGGUUGAGUAUGAGGUUCAUGUGGUGGAUAAACAAGAAGUUGUGGAUAGUCAAAAGAAGUCGUUGGUGUUUGACGAUGAUUCGGAUGUGGUGAAGGAAGUUUGUAGCCAAUUUGGCCGUGCAUCUGAGUUUGGGAAUGAGUUAGCUAAGAUCCUUGAGGUUGGGAAACUCCCACAUAAUCGCAAACACGUCGCUUAUCAAGUUCCGUCCAAGAUGUUGAACGUGUUUACGCCGUCCUUAGCACAAUCAUCGGCUGAUCCUGCUAAUUUAGAUAUGGAUGUAGAUUUAUCGACCAAAUCUAAGAAUCUUUCGUCAACUCUACAUAAACUGUAUCUCUGGGAGAAGAAAUUAUUUGAUGAAGUUAAGAUUGAGGAGAAAAUGCGGUUACUGCAUGUAGAGAAGAAGCGAAGGCUUUCACGCUUGGAUGAGAAAGGUGCCGAGCAACACAAAAUUGAUGCAACAAGAACUUUUGUUAGAAGUCUUUCCACAAAAAUACGAAUUGCAAUUCAAGUUGUUGAUAAGAUCUCGGAGAAAAUAAACAGUUUGAGGGAUGAAGAACUGUGGCCACAAUUAAAUGACUUCAUUGAAGGGUUAACAGUGAUGUGGAGAUCGAUGUUGGAAUGCCACCACAGUCAGUGUGAGGCAAUCAGUGCCGCUAAGCGUAUUGAUGCCAUUGCAUCUCACAAAGAUUCCAGUGAUGCAAGUCUGGAAACCACACUGCAACUUGAGCACGAACUGCUUAACUGGGCUAUACGUUUUUCUUGUUGGUUUGGAGCUCAAAAGGGCUUUGUGAGAGCAUUAAAUGAGUGGCUUCUGAAGUGUCUUAUGUAUGAGCCUGAAGAAACUGUUGAUGGACCGGUCCCGUUCUCUCCCGGGCGAAUAGGUGCACCACCUAUAUUCAUAGUCUGUAACCAAUGGGCACAAGCCAUGCAAAGAAUAUCUGACAAGGAAGUGGUGGACUCAAUGCGAGAUUUUGCCACGACAAUUCUUCAUCUAUGGGAACGUGAUAAGGUAGAAAUGAGACAACGGAUGGUGGUUGAUAAAAACAUGGGAGUAAAUUUGGAUAAAGAAGAACAGAAGAUCCAUAAAGAGCUGCAAAUAUUGGAUAAAGUGAUUGUGGUGGCAUCAGGAGAUGACAAGGGGAUGUCACUAGGGCAUGCUGCAGUUUUUCAGAGUGAAACUAGUAAAAAUGGUAGUCUGCAGACAAGUCUACAACGCGUUUUUGAGUCCAUGGAACGGUUUACUGCUACGUCACUGAAAGCUUACGAGGAACUGUUGCAACGGAUACAAGAAGAUAAGCUUGCUCAAUAGCCAGAAAUAGUUUCUCAUGGCUGUGGACAUCUUGGUUCAAUGAAAAUUGAAGUCAAGGAAUGGAAACCGGAACCACCUUUAUUAGAUUCCAGGUUUGUAUCUUGUGACUCUGAAAACAAAUUGAUUGGUAUUUAGUUGUAAAGCGAUGACAGGGUUCCACCAAGAGGACACGAGACGAGAGACUCAUUGGUCGAUCAGAUUAGAAGCAAAAUUAGCCAUGGGUGCAGCAACAGUUUUGUAAGUGUAUGUGGUUAGCAUAGAAGAACAGUAAUAUAGUGAGGAGUGAGGUUCGGGAGAAAAGUCUCUUUAUGGUAGAAUACGUAGAAAAAGUAUGAAAGGUACUCGUAUCCCUUUUGCGGCUUUUUUACACAAUAAUACACCCUUUUUAAGGGUAAAAAGACGCUCCGGGCAUGUUUUAACAUCAGAAUUCGUCAUACAGUUUCUAACAUAACGAGACUUUUCUUAUUAUCCUUCCACAUUAGAGAUGAUAUGAAAGAUUGAUGUGUUUUAGACUUUUGGUAGAGUAGAACUAUUAGUCAUUAGAGCAUUUGAUGUUAGAAGCUAAAUGAUAUUCCUUUGUAUAUGUUUUACUAAUGAAGUUUUGAUGAAAUCUGCUCUAAA